AUCAGCAAAUUUUAAUAAGCUUUGUACUCUUUUCAUUCAUGCAUGCAGUUUACUUUAUUAAUUAAUGUUACUUAUUUUGGAAUAUAAUUUCAUUUUUCUAUUUGAACAAGUUUUAUCAGACCCUUUUGGUUAAAAUGGCGACAUAGUCGCGGGUUCGAUUCCAGUGCCUGCCAGGAAUAUACCCUUGAGGUUAUUUGUAUUCACUGAUCAUGGAUUUUAUGUCUGGUGUUCUUGAAGAAAUAGCCCUUGAAGGGCUUGAUGGUAUAACACUGGAUGGUCUCUGGUUAAGACUCUCACAAAGGGCGUCAGUUUCUCUUCCACUUGAUAACAACACCAAAGCGUUUCUGUGGCGGAACAUUGCAAAACAUCCAGACUUGGAGUUUUUCGAGCUGCCUGUCCCGAGAGAAGAUCUUCGGGUGUACAACCGGUUUGACUAUCUCGAUGCAGACACAGGGUUCUGGAUCGACUGUCAAAUGCUUCCUCCUGAUAUCUAUCCAAUCAGUAUUGUGAAGUCGACGAGCAACAACAUCCAGGGAUCAUGUGUGACCUAUCAGCAGCGGGUGAAUAUCACACCCAUGCUGUGUACUGCUGGUGGAGAAGUGGCCAUAAACCUGGAAGAAGCCUUGAUCAAAUGGGGUUCCAAGUUGGUUGUAGUUGCCAGUCAGGACUUGCGAACACGUGCGUUGGUAGGAAAGGAGUACAUUCCCAGUAUUCAACUUGACGACAUGAAGUACUGCAUUCUGGAGAGGAUUGGAAGAGCACGAACUGACGGCGUGACAACUGCAGGAAACAUGAGUUUAGAUGUCUUCAAGCUGCAGCCGAAAACCUUGUUUUACCACUGCAAGGUCCUGCAGAAACACGGACUUGUGAAGAAGCAGUUUUUUGUGGCCAAAAGUCAGCCUGGAAAAAAUGUUCACUGCCGUUUAUUUCAUCUGGCAAGAUUUUUCACGCCAAUCAAGUCAAAGUACAUGCUGCUGUGUGAUCUGGUGUGCAACUAUCUUGUUAAGAAACCCAACAAACGAGAAGAAUAUUCAGCUGUCAAACAGUAUUUGGACAUUGAUGAAAUAAUGUUCAAACGACUGUUGGCAAACAACAAGAAGUAUUUCAUAGCUGAGGAGGUCAUGUAUCGAGAAAUGUAUCCUGAUGCUCCAGCUAGUGAAUACAUGACAAAAUCAUUAAUAAAGGAAAAGCGUUGUAGAAUUCUCAAGUUGAUUCAUCACCCUGACGACGAUGAGGAGGAAGUAGAUGAGGAAGAAGAAGAUGAUAUUUGUUCGGCGAGCGUACUGGACAGUAACUGGGUGUUCGGCCAAUCCCUGAUGCAACAGUGCUGGCACCUGUUUGACAAGGCGGGGCCGAAUGGACUCGUCCAGAAUGAUGUCGGCAGGAGACUUAACCUAGCUCGACUCGAGGCCAGGUGUUUGUGCAAAUAUCUGUUGAAAAGAAACUAUAUUGUCUCUGUGCUCAAAGACUUUGGAAAACAGAAAGUUACAGUAUUCAUUUCUAAAAAGUUUGAAGCACAGAGUGGAAUUACCCAGAAGCUCACAGCAGAGAGAAACAAGAUGAAGGAACACUUGAUGAAAAAUGGUUCUGAAACUGAUGUGUCGACACCUGGUGAUGUGUCCACCCCUGGUAACCUGGAGGAGAGUCUCAAGUCUUUCUUUGAGUCGCCCUCACAGAAAGCGGCUAACUCUCAGGUGGAAGAGGCUUCCAGGGACUCGGGCACUCCGUCUGCUACUAAGGAUAGGGAUGAGACAUCGGCAGCCGGCAACGAAAUGAAGGACAACACAGAACCUGCACCUACUACACCUUCAUUGCUUGAAUCUAUGCCCAAAGUGACAGCCAGGAUGCUAGCUAGAGCAAACCGGGUCAUUGAAUUUGUACACAAGGUCAAAGUGCAGCAACGGCUGGGCAUACAAAAGCAUAUCAUAGAGGCUGAACAGGAUCACUACAAAGACAAGAUGGACAAACGGACAUUGAACCGCAUUCUCGACUGGCUCAAACGGGAAGGAAAGAUCAAGGUUGUCAAAACGCUUGUACAGACUGAGCAAGGGGAAGAAGAGUUUGAGUUUGUAUGUGACCCAGACCUGGAGGCAGACAGUCCCCUGCUGAAGACCAACAUUGAUCAGCAAAAGAUGCGACGAUUCGGAAUUAAAAAGGAAACGAUUAGGAAAGGCCUGUCAUUUGACUUCACUUCACCCAGCCUCGGUUCUGAACCUGAUGCGGCUGUUCUCAAUAGUCGAAUGGCUUUCCGCAUGUUGGGCACUCGUUCCUACCCAGAUAUGAAGCAUGAUGCAGCUCAGGCUAAACGAUAUGGCUUGCUUCCCAAAUUCCGCAAAGCCCAGCGUGUCCAUGAGUUGCUGUUCUUUCUCCUGUAUGGAAACCCUGACAAUACUCGCAUGCCGGAGCAGUAUCAAGUCACCGAUUCGGAAGAUUUCUCGCUGGAUGGAACCGAGAAGACUAUCUAUGAUCAGAUCAAUGAACUUCCCGAACCACCGAUCUAUCACGAAGAGUUUGAUGACUGGAGACGCUAUCUCGGUCCACUGCCGAUCCAUAAAGAUACCCCUCCUGGCUGGUGUGUGAUCAGUGAUGUUCUGUUUCUACUUCCUCUCUCUGUGUUUUGCAACAUUGUCAGGCUGCCCUAUGACAUUAAAGGUUUGUCUGAACUUCUUGAGCACCCAGUCAUGAAGUUCUACCCAGUGAAUUGUCUCCCCUUCCGACUCAUUCAGCAGCUUCUACAUGCCCGUAGAUAUAUUUAUUCUUUCUACGAUGCGUGCGUUCUGAACUGUCAGAUGGGUCUGCUGUCGUUUGGACCACAGAAUGGCAUGGAGAAAGAUAAGGCACAUGUGUACUUGCACACAAAGGCUGAAAUUUGGGAUACCCGUCAGUCAAAGCCAGGAUAUAUGAAAACGGUUGCACCAGAGAACACAGUGUUUCCUUCCAGAUAUUACGAGUUUGUGAAUGAAGAUGAUGUGCGGACCUUUUGGUCAGACGUUGUCAUGGUGUCACUGAGCACAAAUCUUGACUGUAAACGAGAAAUUGACAGUGAUGAGUUCCAUGGCGAAGUGAUGCUGAAGGACGUUGUCUUGCCCAAGCUGAUGAUUGAAAACCCGUACUACAUCAUUCUGCCUGGAGACAGGCGAGGUGCUGCAGGCUUCGACUCCAGCCUCUACUGUCAUCUGGUGCGCAACUGGUUCAAACCCAAUGACAAAAUGAAAUCAAAACCUGAGGCUGCAGAAAGAGGUACUAAAACGCCAACCAUUAAAGCAAGCAAGAAGUUCGAAACACUGCAGGAAAAGGAAGACCGAAUCUCAAGAAUGCUGGCACACAAGAUGAUUGCUGCUUCAGGGAGGAAAGAGAUGGUGAAAGUCAUUCACAAGAAAAAUGUGAAAGGAAAACGAGGCGGUAAAGGGAUGAAACGAAAGCCAGCUUCAGGUGAACCUGCAUUUGUAACCCGAUUUCCCAAGAUAAGUGGAAUUGACAUCAAAAAAAGAUACUUCAGAAAGAAACCCUUGAGGAAAAGGUUAAACGAUCCAGUAGAUGAGAGGGCACUGAAAAUGAUGUUGAUGGAGCGGGUUAACUGGACUAGUGAAGAAGAUGUUGUGUUGUUGCUGUGUAAGGUGGCCAGUAUGGUGAUGAACAAGGACCGGACAGGAGUGCUGGUGUUGUGGACAGUGGUUCGAGACUUCCUCUACAAAUACUGUCCAGGGAUAUCACGAGACAAGACAUCGUUGGCGUGUCAGCGCAGGGUGAACCAUGCGUUGAAGAAUCCAGAGACAAAGUUGAACGUCUCACUCUUCUACACAGAGGCCAUGCAUGAUGAGAAUAUUCAAAAUGAGGUUGGUGGCCGAGUUUUCCACCCGACAGACCAGGAAGUGGAAGAGAAGUUUGUGAAAAUAGCUGAGUUGCUCGUACAGAAAGUCAGAUCAAGCAACUGGAAGCAGUCCAGCUUACCGCCAAGCUUGGAGGAACUGUUCGAGACAUACGAUGUGAAGACAGUCCCGCUGCAGCUGACAGACUGCAAUGAAGUGCACGAUGUUAAAGACAACGAUGACAUCCUGCGUAGUGUCAUCUGGAACAUCACCAUGAGUUUUCUCUGUACGGUGAAUGACAAAGUGGGAAGGAGUCACGAAAUGUACAAACUGUUGUGCCAGUACCCUGACGCGUUGCUUCGACAGGUGUAUGAGAAGAUGAACAAAGAAGGAACAAUCACCAGGAAAAAGAGGGAUCAACCUCAGUCUUUGACGUAUAUUCGACAUCAGCUGUCACAGAGGUUUUUCUACACGUUUCAUACUCGGAUUCCUGCUGAGGUGUUUCCGGAAAGUCACGUGAUGUUGGAGGAGCUGUGGCGAUGUCACAUCGAGUCGGAGGGAAUGAGUCGCGUACACCAGAAAGAUGGCGUAUACGCAGGAUCCAACGCCACGGUUCUCGCUCUCAUGGCGCUCAGAAAGAUUUCAUUUGAGAUAAAAAUUCCAAAAGAUAUUGUAACACUGGACAAUAUUGGACUGGCAAUGCCUACAAGUCAAGAAAGUGUCAAGAAGGGCUCAGUACAGUCUGAAAAAAAAGCUGAUCAUAAACCUGCAGUCAACAAAGAUGACAAACGAAAGUCGCCGUCUGUUCCGAAAAAGACAUCACAGCCAGCGACUAAAACUGAAGACAAGUGGACGACCCAUCGUGUGACUGAGAUCUCAAUGGAAGUCGACAAGGACAUUGGGGACCCUUCAAACAUUGCCGUGAAGAUGGUAGUCACAAACGAGGAUGAUCGCUCCCCACCCCACCUUCAGAUCAACCACAGCGUCAUUGAGUUUGAGGAGGAGGAGUAUUUCACUGAUAAACAACUCCCCCAGCUCCCGGCUAACACUCGCUCGCGGUCCAUGCUCUCGCUGGCCCGCACCAAGAUGAUGUCGCUUGUCAACGUGAAGUCGAACGUGAUCCAGGAUCAUUUUGUCAUCAACAUCUGCAAUGCCGCAAUCUCUCUGUUGCCGUCGGUGGUCGUGGCAGACAUCUGGCCGCUGUUUGUCAGCGAGGAGAAGUGUAAAGAGAUAAUAAAGCGGCAGCAGCGUAUCUACCCAUUCACGUUCAACCUGCAGGAGGCGUGGCAGACCCUCGAGAAGAAAACGCGUAAAGACGACAUGAAGAUGAUGAGGUCUAUCCACCGGGUUGUUGAUGAGUACAAAGUGAUGGGACUCGCUGAUAGUGAACUUCAGAGGAAGUUCCGAGCUUACCCCAACCUGAGUGAUCUUCUCAAGUCCUUGGAUGAAAGUCUAAUCAUCCUGAAGGUUGGUUUGACAGAGGUGCGAUACGUUACUCUGAAGCACGCCCGACCAUGGUUGAUCCACUCGCUGAAGAACACAAAGGGUCGGGGUCACACAAACACACAGACAGACGCAGAACAGGUGGAUGACAGUUUUUCUCAACCAGUCAGUGAACUCAAAGAUCUGACUAGCUCUUCCUCACAGGCCAGUUUCGUUGGUGGUGCCUCUACCAGUGCAGAGAGUAAAUCCGACAAUACAAACGAUACAGAGGCUGCUUCAAGACCAGAGACUGGCGGUGGAUUGUCAACACCGAGAGAAGAGGAGCCAGCAGAGACCGACCGACACCGAACACUCAAACGAAAACUGGAAGAUGCAGAUUCAGGGAAAUCAGGAGCAAAAAGCAUGUAUGAAAAGGUUCGGUUGAUCUGUCGGCCAUGGAGAAAACCGGAAGGUACUCUGAACCGGCCAAUGCUCAAACUUCUGAUGGAAUCUCUUCUUGUUUACAUCAUGACAAACCCAGGGGUCAGCGAAGCGGGGGUCAUCCGCAAGUUUUCUCCUCUACAGCCCAUUGUCGUCAAGGAAAUCAUUGAGAUUCUCGAUGAGCUGGAAUGUCUGUCAAAGACCUAUCUGAAACAAACCAGAAAGUCUUCUCUGUUUGGAAGCUCUUCAACUCAAGUUGUCCACACCAGCUACGAUGCCGAUAGUCUGGUUUACGAGGCCAACAUUGACUGCACGUUCAAACUGGGACAGUUUUUAGCGUUCUUGUGCAGCUAAUUGUAGAGAAUUCUUCUCCAUCAACAUCAGGACAUACAGUCGAAACAAGAGUGCAAGUUGACCAGAUUGAUAAAAACUUAAAUUCUUGUUCGGAGAAAACAAGACUGCAAGUUGACCAGAUCAAGUUUUUAUGGAAGACUUGAAACUGCAUUAUGAAAUGUUAAGUGCCAGCUUAAGACGCUCAACUCUCUGGCAAUAUUAGUUUUUAAUCCUCACAGAAAGAACAUGAAAUACAUGUAUAAAUGACACAGAUCCAGAAUUUUUUAAUAGAGGGGUGUUGUAACACUAACAGUAAUGUAAUGUGCUUUGGUGGUGUUGAUUCUUCGCCUUGCACAGACAAUGAGGGGGUUUAGUCUCUUGGGCCCAACCUACAUGUAAAUCUGCACCUGGAUAUCAUAUACUGGUGUUUGUACAGAGGCAAAAUUAGUUUUAAUUUAAUUUCAAGAGUAUUUAUUCCUGAGUCAUGUGUAACUUUCCUAAACAGCUGUGUUUAUUUAAUAAUUUAUGAUACAUGCAGGUGCUUAUCUACAUCUCAUAUUGUCCAUCUUUGAAACUUAAUUAAGCUCAUCUAAAAUGAAUGCAUGAUCACAUUCUGUACUAUAACAGUUCUAUUAGUUUAUAAUUCACACAGAAAGAACAGUGCCACAGAAAUAUGUUUUAUUUGUACGUGCAUUUGUUGUAUAUAGGUGACAUUUUAAAUUAUACUUUAAGAGGAUUUCCAGAUAUAGGUCUUAAGCUGUAGCUAAUUCAGCUUAAGUCUAAAUGCAGCACCAGGAAGGAAGUCUUUAUAAUACAGCACCAGGAAGGAAGUCUUCAUAAUACUGUCAUAUAGAAGACCUUCAUUCACGGAGCUAGUCAUCAUUUUCUAUUUUAACACUGGACCUCAUGGAUUUUGGUUGCAAGAUAAAACCUAUUUGGACACUUUUGCUCAUCAGUGUUAAAUGUCAUUAUCAUAUGAUCGGACUAAUAUUCAUCUUUGUGUCAUUUUAUAUGGGCUAAAUCCAUAAUCAGGGUAUACAGAUCUCUCAUUUUCUACAAAUCAUCUGCUGUUAUCUAUUGAUUUGGUGUCUAGCGGUUUUAGAUUUUUAGUAUUUAAGAAAUGGCUGAACUAAAUACACUAGUCCUAACAUUAUCUAAUGCCGCAUUCAGGUGUGCUCAGAUAUUGACAUUCUACCCCCCACCCCAAAUUACUUGUGUGCAUUUGGUGCAAUAUAACAACAAUGUAUCUCACUUACAAAUUUAGCUAUUUUCACUAAUAAUAAAUAAAGUAUCUUUAAAUAAAAAAAAACAAUAAAACUUUUAAAAUAAUUUUGCUGAACUCAACUAAAUUUUAUAUUUUGCUAUUUUAUCAAUUUGAAAGUAUGAAAUUUUUAUAAUUAUGCAUUGUCAAUUUCACAAAUGAAAUGACAUGGAAUAGUAUUCAAAUAGUUUCCCAUUUCUACACCCAUUAAAACGUUCAGAAAAACAUUUCUUCUAAAUUCAUAAGGUAAGUUUGCUCGGCUAGCGGUGUUUUUCUUUGUUAUAAGUUGUUUUAGACGCUAUUUUCAAGUUGGAAAUUGUAGAAAUUUUAAUUACGAGUACACUCGAAUGCAGCACAUGUACAUGUAUUUUGAAAUAAACAAAAAUGAAAUUUG